AUGCUUCGAGGUCGGUACAACUGUGCUGACAGCGCUGUGUGCAAGCGAAUUGUUCAGGCUUUCGAAGAGGGAGAGGAUUGGCGUGUUGUUGCAAAACACAAUGGAGUGAAGUAUAAGACCGCUUACAACUGUAUUAAUGCCAAGGAACUGCAGCACGAACGUCAACCAAAAAGUGGAGGAAGGAAAAAGACUCUAAAUGACACGGAGGUCGACGAAAUGAUAACCUGGCUGGAAGAAGAUCCCACAAUCGCAUUGGAGCUGUUAAGAAUUCGAAUUAAAGCGGAGUUUGAGAUAGAGGUUUCACGCACAACAGUUGGAGAUUAUUUGAAAUGCCGACUGAUUUCAAUCAAGAAGCUUCAUCUCAUUCCAUAUGGAAUGAAUAAUGCUGAUACGAAGGUAAUUCGCCAGCGCCGCAACGAGGGACCUGCUGCUUGCCCAGCUAUCCCGGGCGAGAAACCACACCUCGUUGACAGCUGUGAGUCUCAGGCAGGCCCAGUGAACUUGGACUGUGCUGCAGAAGUACCAUCAGCACACGGAUGGACUGGACGUAACAACUAG